AUGGCAGAAUUUGAGCUCCAAGAAUAUCUCAAUCGCGCGACCGUGGCGCAAGAAGUCUUCGCUCUUCGUCCAGACUAUCGCGCCCUUCUAGUAGCAGCCUCCGGAGUACCUUCAGGACCCAGUGAUGAAUUGAGCGAAUCCAUGCUCUCAAAAGCAGAAGAAUUAGCACGAUCAAAUCUAGCCACGCAAGCAGUCACCGAGAUCCYUCACGUUGCGGCUUGGAGAGAAGCACACAAAGCCUUUGGAUCGAAGCCGAACAAGUGUCGUCCCAGCGUUGAAGCGCUCACUCGACGCAUCACACCGCCGGGAAAGGAACCAGCUGCGGGUCUACCGAGAGUCAAUCGCUUGACCGACAUCUACAAUUCCAUUUCGGUCAAGUACCAAAUUCCGCUUGGUGGAGAGGAUCUGAGUAAAUAUGUUGGUGCGCCGCGUUUAAUCCGAGCAAAGGGAGAUGAGAGGUUUGAGUUCAAGGAUAGAGGCGUCAUGGUCAAGGAGCCGCCGGAAGCUGGCGAGGUUGUUUGGUGCGACGAUGUUGGUGUUACUUGCCGCAAGUGGAAUUGGAGGCAGGACCCGAGAACAGCGUUGAGCGAGGAAACGACCAAAGUGCUGUUUGUUAUGGAUGCUUUGGAUGGCUGCAGCGAUGAGAAGCUCGAAACUGCGGGGAACGAGUUAAUCGAGGCGAUAAAGUCUUUGUCGGAUCAGGUCGUCGUGGCGAAGAGGUGUCUCAGAGCUUCAUAG